CCGUCAUGUGGGACGACUCGGAUCAAAAGUCUGCCACAUUUAUGUGGCAGAAAAAGCUAGAGAAGCAAGGACUGAAAAAUCUUUCCCGGAAAGAGCUGGAAGCGCUGAAUCGCAAGAAGCAGCAGGAAAAUGUUAUCGAGUUGGAAAAGCUGAAAAAACGGCGGCUGGAGCGGGAACACCAACAGCAGCAACGUGAAGAUGAUAUGUAUUUGAUGCAACGUUCGAAGGAAGUGGCACAAUUUGAGGAAUGGCAACGGCAGGAGGAAACAUUCCACUUGGACCAGGCCAAGCUGAGAAGUAAGAUUCGUAUCCAGGAUGGCAGGGCAAAACCGAUUGACUUACUGGCUCAAUACAUUUCGGAACAAAAUCUGGAGGAGUCUAUCGAAAUGCAGAUGCAUGAGCCGUAUACGUAUUUAAACGGGUUGAGUUUAGACGACUUGGAGGACUUGCUGGCGGAUAUCAAAGUUUAUAAUGAGCUGGAGAAGGGGCAGAAUGCAGACUAUUGGAGUGAUUUGACUAUCAUUGUUGAGGAUGAAUUGCAGAAGCUGCGUAAAAUUGAAGCUGAGAAGCAAAGGAUGGCUACCGGUAGAAGAGAGGGAAUCCAUCAGAGCGUAGCGAAAGAUGUUACGCAGAUCUUUAAGGGAAAAGGUUCGGCUCAGCUGGAGGAGCUAAAGAAAAAGAUAGAGGAUAAAAUUAACAGCCAACAAGAUGGGCUAGAUAUCGGUUACUGGGAAAGUUUGCUAUCUCAGUUAAAAGCCCAUAUGGCAAGGGCUAGAUUACGCGAUCGACACCAGGAGAACCUUCGGAACAAACUAGAAUUGCUGAAGAAGGAGCAGGAAACUAGUGUAAAGAAGGAAGAGGACGAUCCCGAGGCCGGGCCUAGUGGGUCUGGUCCUUCCGGUUCACGAAAACCGGAAGCUAUGGACGAAACGUCGAGAGACAGCAGUAGCCAAUCAGGUACCGAGCAAGCUACGGACGAAGUAAACGAAGAAAAUGAUCUGCUUAAUGAAUGUUUUGAGCUGUACAAGAAGGGGGGCUAUGAACCGAAAUACAUUUCUCAGAACGACCUCGAACAAGGAGUAGGAAUCGUUUCCGAAGAAAAAGACGAUGAAGAGCUGGAUCUUCUCCGUCAGAAAGUGCUCGGAAUCAACCAGGAGGAUGAAACGUUCUCCAAGGAUGAGGUUUUGCUUCGUAAGGAAGCCAAACGGGGCAUGAACGAUGACGAAGCGGAAUUCUCCGUUGAAUCGCGAGUAGAUUCCCAGGUCUACCUUUGGUCCGACAAGUACCGGCCGAGAAAGCCACGCUACUUCAAUCGAGUGCACACCGGUUUCGAGUGGAACAAGUACAAUCAAACUCACUACGAUAUGGAUAAUCCGCCACCGAAAAUCGUCCAAGGCUACAAGUUUAAUAUUUUCUACCCGGAUUUGAUCAAUAAGAAUUCCACUCCGCAGUACUUUUUGACCCCGUGCUCGGAUAAUCCCGACUUCGCGACGCUUCGCUUUCAUGCUGGACCACCGUAUGAGGACAUUGCCUUCAAGAUCGUCAAUCGGGAGUGGGAGUUCAGCUAUAAGCGAGGAUUCCGCUGUCAGUUCCACAACAACAUCUUUCAGUUGUGGUUCCAUUUCAAGCGAUACCGGUACAGGAGAUAAGGGUAUGCAUGUAUGGCUUU